CACCUAGCACUUGUUAACCAACACACAAGCUCUCUAUUAUCUACUUACUGCGACUCAUCGCGAUAUACUUACUAACGGCGGCGAGAUGUAUUCCAUAAUGUUCAACGAGAUCCUCCCGGCUCCCCCACCACCUCCGCCACCUCAAGACGAGUCGCUAGGCCCAAGAUUCCCCGUCUACCUACUCCCGAGCCUUACCAUGCCGUUUCGCCGAAGACGACAAAGUUCACAUUUAAAUUCCGGAAGACCUAACGAAACGAUACCGUCACUAAGCUCAACGCCAACAGACUCGACAACGUCAAGUCCUGUAGAGAGUCCGACGACACCCUCGUUCUUUCUACCAAUGAACUUAUUCAAACAGAAAGACAGCCGCAAACGAUCAUCCCUAGAGCCCCUAGAGACUACGAAGAUCUCGCGGACACAACCCAACACUAUAAGGUGUUCUACAUGUGCUUCCGAUUUCGCUUUCGCCUCCCAGAUCGUGAGCAAAGGUUUCACAGGUCGAUACGGCCGGGCGUUUCUCGUGUCACCUCCGGAUCAACCAUCUCGCAAGGGUACGAAAGGAAGAGACCUAAUCAAUAUUAAGGUCGGUAAGUCUGAGACUCGCGUCUUGGUUACCGGAUCACAUGUUGUCGCGGAUAUCGUUUGUGCCGUAUGCCAUACCAAGAUAGGCUGGAAAUACAUAGACGCCAAGGAGGAGUCGCAGAAAUACAAGGUCGGGAAGUUCAUUUUAGAGACUCAGAGGGUUGUGGUUUAUCGUAAUUGGGAAGAUAUUAUGGUCGACGAGAUCUCUGACAUUGGGAUGGAGCAGCAAGAACUACAAACGGGAGAUGACGAUGAGCCCGUCAUAUUUGACUCCGACGAUGAGGAUGAAUGCGAGGACCUUUUCCAAGGCUCUUGGGAUGCUGAGGUGGUAGCUAAAAGACGAAGCCGAAAGGUUAAUCGACGACAGAAGAAGAGCACCGAUUAAACCCUCCACUGUGAUAACCGGGAUUGGGGGAGUUUUCAUCGUAAUAAUACCCGAGCAUGGUUUCGUUUGAAGGAGAAGGCAUUUGACAUUUCGAUACCCUGGUAGGCAUGUGUUCACUCAACAAAGGAGUUUAUGGGUCUGAAGUGGAAAGCCGCAAUAUGAGCGGAUAUCUGAGUUUUUGUUUUCGUCAUU